GGCGGCUGCCUUUCAUUAUUUGCGCGAGAGGAUACCGAACAAGAGAGAUCAGAUCGCAAGACGCCCUAAUUGAGGAGGAAGCCGGAAAACCCUAGCGGGAAGAAUCCUUGAGCGAGAUUUUGCAAUUUCGGAUUUUGAGGAGGGAUUUCGUCGAUUCUUUGCGUACGUGCGGAUUCGAUCGGCGCUGAUUGAUUAGAGAAGAGGAGUUUCUUUUCGGUUCGAGAUGGUGGCUGGAGCGGAUUAUUAUCAGAGGAGCAUCCCCGUCGUCGACGUGCCGUACCGGCGCAUCGCUAAGGAGAUCGAGGAGAUCGUCGAUAUGUCUGCAGCGGCAGCGGCGGCUGCUGCUGUCGCGGUGGUCGCUGUGGUGCCUUCUUCGCCGGUGUUUUGCCAGGCGGAGCGGGGAUCGGAAGCUGAUGCGGCCGCUGUUGACGUCACCGGUUCUGAGAUGGUCGGAGUAAGCUUUUGUCCUUGCUAACUUCAGUUUUCUUCGUUGUUUUCCCUAAUAGAUCUUUUUUUUUUGGAUCAGAUUGCCAUGGAGGUCUAAUCUGUUGUGAAGUUAUUUUUUUGUUAGCAACUUCUAGUUUAGAUUUGGCAUAAUGAAUGUCAAUUACUAUUGGAUUUCUCUUUGUUUGAUGUAGAUGUUAAUACAGUGUCUACCUGUAUUCUUUCCUUUGAAUUGGUUUUUGUUCUUCAGCCUUUGUUGAAGAUGUGAUCCAGGUCCUAUUUAUAUUGUUUCCUUUCAGUUAGUUAGUGUUGAUCAGGUUUAUCUGAAGGAAAAGUACUUGGGUGGAAAACAAUGUCUUUCCUAAUUUUUAUUGUUCAAGAACUAUUUUGAAGUAUGUUUUGUAAUGGCCGACUUGCUUUUUCUUCUUCUCCAGGUUAUUGCCUAACUCGCUAUAGUUUAUUUUCUCGGUUGUCUAUGUAUGCAGAAUUUGGGAGCAUCAGAUGGCAUAUCAUCAGUAGAAUCACUUCGGUUUGUUCCUAGCAUUCGGUCUGGAAGCUUUGCAGACAUUGGACCCCGAAAAUUCAUGGAAGACGAACAUAUUCGCAUCGACAAUCUUAAAAUGCACCUAGGCUCCCUCUUUAGGUGUCCCACUCCUAGUGCCUUCUACGGGGUUUUUGAUGGCCAUGGAGGUCCUGAGGCAGCUGCCUACAUCAAGCAGCAUGCAGUUAGGUUUUUGUUCCAAGAUGCUAACUUUCCUCACGCAUCGGAAGCUGAUGAGGUGUUUGUGGAAUCUGUGGAGAACUCUGUUAGAGAAUCGUUUCUUAACGCAGAUCUCGCGUUGGCUGAGGACUGCUCCAUAAGCAGCUCAUCUGGAACAACAGCUAUAACAGCUUUGGUGUUUGGAAGGUAUCUGCUGGUGGCCAAUGCCGGCGAUUGCCGAGCAGUAUUGUGCAGGAAAGGCGAAGCAGUAGACAUGUCCCAAGAUCAUAGACCCGUCCACGAUGCUGAACGCACAAGGGUGGAGCAAUCGGGUGGUUUUAUCGAAGACGGGUACCUCAAUGGUGCCCUAUCUGUUAGCCGAGCCCUCGGUGACUGGGACUUGAAAAUGCCCCGAGGCUCUCCUUCUCCUCUCAUCGCUGAACCAGAAUUCAGACACAUUAUCCUGACAGAGGACGAUGAGUUCUUAAUCAUCGGCUGCGAUGGGAUCUGGGACGUCAUGUCGAGCCAAAGUGCAGUGAGUUCCGUCCGCAAAGGUCUGAGACGGCACGACAACCCUGAGCGGUGUGCGAGGGAACUUGUCAUGGAGGCACUAAGUCUCAGCACAUUCGACAACCUCACUGUGAUUAUCGUGUGCUUCUCGGACGAGUACCGCCACUCUGCCUCAUCUCCUGACGAACAACAGCAGCAGAGGUUGAGGUACUGCAAGACCUUGUCAGCAGAGGCCCUUUGUAACCUUAGAAGCUGGAUGGGUAACAACGGUAACAACUGAUCGAUCGCUACACGCAGGUUCGUGUAAAUAAUGAUGAUGAAAGUUUGCAGAGUAAAAAAGAGCAGUUAGAGCAGUUUUGUUCAUGGUGUCAUUGUUUGGGAGGAUGGUAAGGAAAUUGUAAAGGCGGUGUAAAUACCAUUGCGGUAGGAUGGAGAAGAGUCUACUAAUAUAAAGUUCAUUGAUUGGAAGUUUCCUUUUAAUUUGAUAUGUCAUGUUUUAAGUGUUUGCAUAGUUUGGAUGUUUAGUCAAACACGAUGUAUAUAAUUUUUUCUUCUCUUUUUUAAUAAGACGACUUAUUGGAUGUUUCAUA